AUGGAAACCUCAGUAAGAGAACAUUCCGAAGGUAUACACGAGCAUCAGGGGAUUCCAAAAGUAAUUUUACCGGCUGAAUUUUAUAAAUGUUCUAGAACUGACCUUGUAGUACUCAUAUCACGAAUGUUAGUGUCACUAAUCGCAAUUAACGAAAAUUCCACGACUAAGAAGCCUGAUGACCAGAUCACUUUAACGCGAUACCAUUCCAAGGUUCCACCAAACAUAUCGAUCUUCAAUUAUUUCAUAAGGCUGACCAAGUUUUCCUCUUUAGAACAUUGUGUUCUCAUGACUUCACUUUAUUAUAUCGAUUUACUACAAACUGCUUAUCCUGAUUUUACACUUAAUUCUUUGACGGCUCAUAGAUUUUUAUUGACAGCCACCACGGUGGCCGCGAAAGGUCUGUGUGAUUCAUUCUCCACCAAUGCUCACUAUGCAAAAGUCGGGGGGGUACGAUGUCAUGAACUGAAUAUACUAGAGAAUGAUUUUUUGAAGAGAGUAAACUACAGAAUAAUUCCAAGAGAUCAUAACAUUACGUUAUGUAGCAUAGAACAGAAACAGAAAAAGUUUGUUGCAGAUAAAAAUGCACCAGGGUCUUUUGAUUUGGAUUCGUAUUCUUAUGUUAGUCGUCCAAAAAGUGGAUACAAUGUUUUGGAUAAAUACUACCGAAGGAUAGUUCAAUUGGUGGGUUCUUUUAACGCUUCGCCAGACAAGAGCAAAAAAGUUGAUUAUGUUCUCCCGUCAAAUAUUGAUAAAGACACCGAAAGCGGUCCCCAAAUUCAACAACAAAAGGGAACGUUAUCACCCAAUUCCCACUAUUCACAGAAGCGAAAUUCUGAGGCAAAAGACACAAAUAUCUAUCGUAAGCGGUCCAAACCGGAUUAG